CAAGGGCAAAAGCAAGACCAAAAGACAACUAGCCGUUGCUUUGUUUUUUCCUCAUUUCGUCAAAACCCUAACCCAUCUCUUCAUAUUCCGUACAUCAAUAACUAUCCGUGUAUCAUCAAACAUCAAGUUUGAAGCAAACCCAUUUCCUACUUUCGUUGAUGGAUGCAAACCCUUGUUUACGAAAUUGAAAUUGGUGCCCAUUUCUCCCUUGGUUUCACAAACCCAAGGUUUUCUUGAUCAUAUAGAUUUAGAGAUAUACACUUUAGAUUCAGAGUGGAAAAGGGUACAUAUGGGUUCAAGAACCGCAACCAAAGACAUAAUCACUCUCCGUGGAUCGGCUGCAAUAGUCAGUGAAUUCUUCGGGUAUGCUGCAAACAGUAUUCUGUACAAUCGUGGGGUUUAUCCAGAAGAAAGUUUUGCAAAGGUGAAGAAAUAUGGGCUUCCAUUGUUGCUUACUCAAGAUGAGGGUGUCAAAUCCUUCAUUGCAAACCUAACUGCUCAGCUUUCUGAAUGGCUGGAAGGUGGGAAGCUACAAAGGGUAGUUCUUGUGAUCAUGAGCAAGUCAACAGGGGAGGUCUUAGAGAGGUGGAAUUUCAGUAUUGAGACUGACAGCGAGGUCAUUGAGAAGGGCAUAUCAAGGGAGAAGAGUGAUAAAGAAAUAAUGAGAGAGAUACAAGCAAUUAUGAGACAGAUAGCAUCCAGCAUAACAUACUUGCCAUGCCUGGAUGAACCCUGUGUGUUUGAUGUGUUAGCAUACACUGACACAGAUGUUGCAGUCCCAUUUACUUGGAUUGAGAGUGAUCCUAAACUGAUUGCAAAUCCACAAAUGGUGAAAUUGCAUUCUUUCGAUACCAAGAUACACAAGGUUGAUACCCUAGUAUCAUACAAGAAUGAUGAAUGGGAUGAGCAGUAAAGCCCGACUGCCCGACCUCUCUCUUUUGUUGGCUCUUUUUGUAUCUCUGUUACAUGUGUGGAUUGUAAGUGUUUCUCUUUGACAUGAGUGAGUUCUGUGAAUCAUUGAUUCACUUUUCUGUAAGUUGAAUGUGAGGGGAAUGAUGAAUCAUGCUAUUGUGUUUUUUAUCUGUGAGUGAAUGUUGACAUGAAUUGAACAAAUUGAUU